AUGCCCUCCACAAAGGUCAUUGUGGCCUUCAUGGCUGCACUGGCUGUUCCCAUGGCCAAUGCCGGUAACUGCAAGCCUAAGCCCGUCACUACCACCGACGUAGCUCUGCCUGGCGUCACAACCUCUGGCACCGUCACUGCUAUUACAUCCGGAACCGAGACCGGUACUCCUACUGCCGAGACUUCUGCUGCCACCACCACUGAGGCUGCUUGUUCCAAGUACACUCCUUACGAGGCUCAGCCUGCCGACUGUGGUAAGAAGGGCAUUGCUCCCAACUGUGCUGACAAGAUCAUUGGCACCCCCUCGACCUGUGUAGACUGGACCGAGUGUGGCAACACCUGCGGCAAGACUCUUGGAUGCAAGUCUUUCUCUGUCAAGGGACGUACUUGCACCCUCUACAAGACGGUCGUCGAGGAGCUUGGCUGGACUGCCAGUGAGGGUUCUGGCGCUAGCGAGUUCUACGAUCUUGAUCUUUGCUUCACAUGUGCCGAGGAGUCCAGCGCUACCUCUGGUACUGAGACUGUCACCGGUGCUCAGACUACUGAGACUGCUGAGGGUGUUCAGACCACCGAGACUGCUGCCGGCACCGAGACCACCGAGACUGCUGCAGGUGUUCAGACUACUGAGACUGCUGCUGGCACCGAGACCACCGAGACUGCUGCUGGUACCGAGACCACCGAGACUGCUGAGGGUGUUCAGACUACUGAGACUGCUGCCGGCACCGAGACCACCGAGACUGCUGCGGGUGCUCAGACUACUGAGACUGCUGCCGGCACCGAGACUACUGAGACUGCUGCCGGCACCGAGACUACUGAGACUGCUGCCGGCACCGAGACCACCGAGACUGCUGCUGGUACCGAGACCACCGAGACUGCUGAGGGUGUUCAGACUACUGAGACUGCUGCCGGCACCGAGACCACCGAGACUGCUGCCGGCACCGAGACCACCGAGACUGCUGCUGGUACUGAGACCACCGAGACCGCUGCUGGUAUUCAAACCACUGAGACCGCUGCUGGUACCGAGACUACCAACGCUGCCGUCACUACUACUGAGGCUGCCACCACCACUGCUGCUGGUUGCACUGCUGCUUACACUACCGUCGACAGCGCUCCUGUUGAGUCUUGCGCUGUCCAGGGCCGAUCUGAGGAUGGCACCCCCAUUGCCAGAUACCGAAUGGUCGAGAGCGCCGACGAGUGUGCUGCCAAGUGCGCUGACUAUGUCAGUGAGGAAAACGCUGAUGAGGUCUGCAACACCUUCUCUUACCAGGGUGAUUCUUGGUCAUGCAUACUUUACGCCGCUUCGGUGAAUGAUCUGAACGUCGACGAUGCUGAGUGCGAAGAGGGCACCCUUUGCCAGGCGGACUCCUCCUUUUACGACCUCCACGCCUGCUAUGCCAAAUGCGAUGGAUACAUUGCCCCUACUACCACCGCGGCUGGCCUCACUGAUGCUGCUGUUACCACUGAUGCUGCUACCACUGAUGCUGCCACUACCACGGAGGCUGCUGUCACCACUGAUGCUGCUACUACCACGGAGGCUGCCGUCACCACUGAGGCUGCUACCACUGAUGCCGCUACCACCACUGAUGCCGCUACCACCACUGAUGCCGCUACCACCACUGAUGCCGCUACCACCACUGAUGCCGCUACUACCGAGGCCGCCACCACUACCGAGGCCGCCCCUGUUUGCACAAACUACAUCCCCAAGCCUGAUCGUCCCAGCACUUGCGGUCAGCAAGGCAAGGUCAGCUGCCGUUCUUCUCAGAAGCUCGGCCAGUCCGUCUGGGCCGCCAGCGCCGACAAGUGUGGCAAGAUCUGCGGAACCACCGAGGGCUGCAAGACCUUCUCCUUCAAGUACAACGGCUCCAAGUGCCAGCUCUACAGCUCUGCCCUGGACCAGCUCACCUUCACUCCUUGCAACACUGGUGUCAAGUUCUACGACCUUGAGAAGUGCUACACUUGCCAGAACGAGGAGACUCCUGCUCCUCCUGCCACCUGCUCCAAGUAUGUUGCCGACUUUGCCAGCUGUGGUAGCAACACCUACUGUGGCACUCGUGGUUCCAUCUGCGAAGAGGUGCUCAUCCCUAACGUUGGUGAUGCCUCAUGCCUCGAGAACUGUGCCAAGAGCUGCAUCAACUUCGGCGCUGAGUGCGUGUACUUCAGCUACAAGCCUGCCACCCCCUGGGGCAACGCCAAGUGUAAGCUGUACAAGUCUGGCAAGAUCACCAAGAACAAGAACUCCAUCAUCAAGUUCUACCAGCAGCCUUGCUUCAAGUGCCAGAACCCUCCUGUCUUGUAA